AUGUCGUCGAAAGACUCCCAUCUGUACGGCGGAGAGCGAAAGCGAAACCUCAAUAAUGGCAAAGAGAUUUCAUCCUCCACUACGCUCUCCUUCACCUCCCAACUGAGCUCCCUUAUCAACAGCUCCAAAGAUACCUCGUCUCCUAAACAACCCACUGGUCGAUCCAAGGCCAAGAAGGAAGACAUUUUCGCUACCCACAACCGCAAUUCCGCGAAGCGUGCAAAACGCGAUCUCGAACCGGAUCAUGCAGGCACUUUCGAGCAGAAACACACCACGAAUGGCGAAGCCCUUGACAAGAAUGUCUGGGAAAGGAGCAAGCGCAAGAUGGAAGAGAAGGCCCGUCUGUAUGCCGCGAUGAAGAGAGGCGACAUAGACGAUACUGACGAGAGAUAUGCUGUGGACUUCGAUACCAAGUGGGCGGCGGCACGCGCGGAAGGGAAGGAUGACAUCUCAGACGACGAAGAUCUUGAAAGCGACAAAGGCGUCGGCGGUGAGGAAAUUGAAUACUUGGAUGAGUUUGGACGACUUAGGAAAGGAACGCAGCUAGACGCACUGCGCGCACAACAAGAGCUUGCCAGGAUGUCAAGCUACGACGACAGGUUUACUGCAAGACCCGCUGCUCCUGAGAAUGUCAUCUACGGGGAUGCGAUUCAGCACGAGGCUUUCAAUCCGGACGCGCCUAUUGCGCAGCAAAUGGAGGCUCUGGCUCGUAAGAGAGAUAAGAGCUUGACACCACCUCCUGACGAGCAUUUCGAUAGCAACAAGGAGGUCAGGACUAAAGGCACUGGAUUCUUUCAAUUCUCAGAGGACGCCGAGCAGAGGGAGCGGCAGAUGCAAGACCUGGAGAACGAGCGUGCGGAGACAGAAAGAAAGCGAGCAGACACAGACGGCAAAUUGAGUGAUCGCAGGGCACAGCUCGAAGCGCGGAAAGACGAAGUGAGACGCCGCAUUGCGAAGCGCAAAGCCGAUGAAUUUCUCGAGCAACUGAGUGCACAGAUGAGCAAACAGUCUGCCGAUGAGAAGGGCCCCGAUACCACGGAGAACACAAGCGAUAGAAUGAUGAACAGGGGACAGGGCGCUGCCAGGAAGGACGUAGAUGAUUGA